GCCUAAUAGAAUUCUUAAUAGCCAACACCAAACAUCAACAGCUAGUAAAUAAGUAUUGGCAAAGACCGUCAUAAAACGGCAAAAAAUGCCGUGGUUGUGUGUGAUUGUUGUAAUUGUAAACCCUUGUUGCCAGGUUUAUUCAGGAUCGCAGAGGACGGCCACGAGUGGAUUAGUGGUAACAUUUUAAUCCCAGAGAUAACUAUGUCCACAGGUAUUUGUGGAUAUAUCAGCAUCACUUAUUUUCACGGCAUAUCGGUUAAAUCUACAACCUAAAUGUUUACAAUCAGACGAACAUUGUAUAAAUUAUCGCAAUAUUUUUUAUUGAUGAUGAUGAUGAACCUUUAUUUACUUGUCCCAAUAAAAGGAGGCCGGGACGCUCGUUUGAGGAUUAAAUACAAUCUAUUUAUGACUGGAUUAGGAUUAUUUCCAGUUGUAUAAUGAAUCUGAGAGUGUAUAUUUAUGUAAUGUACAUAAUAAGAUGUAGCGUGACUUGGGUCACUCAUUUUGUAUGCACAGCUUUACAAAAAUUGUCAAAUUAAACCAUGAAUUGUUUUAGAUUCGCUGCAUUUUUUAUGUAAUUCAUCGUGUCACAUCGUGCCGAUUGUUGGACUCUGGAAUCUGUCGGCAUUAUUUUUUGGUUGUCACUGUCAUCUCUUUAAUGUCGCGAAACAUUUUCCCCCAAGGGAUUCUAUAUUCUCAUUAAACUACAACAUUUACCUAAAUAUGUCCUCCACAUUUUGUGGAACUGGGAUGACCAUCCAUAGUCACCCUUCAAUUAAUAAGAUUUAGACUCGAUUUAGACACGGAUACGACCGACAUCCUCGUCGACACACUGUUGUCGGCAGGAUGGGACAAAAUUGCAUGACGAUUGUAGUUAAAAUUCAGUUUUGCAAUAGCUCCACUUCAGAAAUGUGCAUUUUUGUGAGUAGACGUUAAUACGUACCUGUUAAUUAUUAUAUUUGGUUGAUUUUCAAAGAGCGACAACAUUUUAACCAUACAUCACACGUACGAAUCCCAAGUAAAAAAUACCGUUCCAUGAUUCACAACUUUGUAAAGUGGUGGAGGUAGCAAAGGAAGUCGUAAUAAUAUUCGCAUAAAGGAAUGCACACCAGUUAAAAGCGUGAUGACCGCUGAUUUUAUUUUUUGACCCAGUUCGUUCAUUCAUCCCUUUGUUACUCUCAAUCUCUCAAUUAUAGUAACUGAUUCACUUUCAUUUUCAUUAGAGGCAGGUGGCAGAACAUUGUUGGCAGAAGUCCUGGACUGCAGGACAUGAACGAAACAAUAGUCCAGUUCCAGUCUUGAUUAUUUUAGGAACCGUAUUAGCGUUAAGUUUUACUUAUUAUCUGCGUACCGUGUAUAUAAUUGAUAACCAUGUGCCACAAGAAAUGGGUAUCCAUUUUCUGGAGUAGUUUGGCCUUCGUGUCGAGUUUAUAUUUUGAUCGUGUCGUCGGACAUGUGAGCUUAACAUUUCCCCCGGCAAGAAGUUUUUCUUUAGAUUUUUUAGAUAACGUUAGAACGUUACCGCCUUGUGGGAUGCCUCGAGGUGUCCAUGAAACAACGCUUAUGGCUGGAGUACCGAUUAAUAUUUCGUGGCAUUUGGCGUACCCACAUCGAGGUGGAUACAGGCUUGAACUUUUGGACAAACAUGACAAAUUUUUAUUGGAUUUGAUAAAGCGAGACAAGUCACAAAACUAUAUUGAAGGAGACCCCACAGCUCAAUGGCACACGGUCACAAUACCCAGCGAUUUACUUUGUGACACUUGCACAAUUAGACUUUUACGACAAGCCAGUGAGUGGGCUAACGAGUACCGUUUUUGGUCGUGUGCCGAUGUCAGGAUCGUUAAGCCAAGGAGUUAUCUAGAAGAUUGCUCCAGACAUGGACAGGUUAUCCUUGUCGGAGGAGGAGAUGGAUGCAAGUGUGAUACAGGUUGGUGGGGUCCAAGAUGUCAAUUUGAGGAGGAAUGUCAAUCCAGCCUUGAUUGUGGAAAGGGAACCUGUGUCGAUCUCGGAGGCACCGCCUUACCUCGGAAGCAAUGUUUUUGUCCUCCGGGUCUUCACGGACUGAAAUGUUCUCUAAAGAACAAGGCGAAACUUGCGACUAAAACAACUCUCGAUUUGAGUAACCACACCAAACGGAAGUUGUCGGAUAAAAUGUUUCUCAAUUAUAAAGUUAUACACGCAGCCCAAAAAUUGGAUAAGGAAAUAGAAUUUGUCCUGGUAGUAAAUGGGACGUCAUACGGAGCAAUAGGGUGGCGUCCCGCAUCCUUGAACAAGUCGUGCAAAUUAUGGCCACAAAUUGGUGGAAAUAAUGGAAGAAGAGUGACACGACAAAGUUCUAAAGCAAAACUUAUCUAUAAACCGAACGAAACCCUUUUGAGACCUUUAAACGACUUUCGAUCAGAAUACGGACCCGGAAAACGACAAAGGCCGGAUACCCCAGCGCCACAGAAAAGUCAAGAAUCGUCCUACAGUUCUAUUAAUCGAGGUCGUCCAACUUUACCAGAAGUAGAACCCCUUCCUGAACCUGAAACAGAUAAUCAACAUAAUUGCAGAACGAAAAAUGAUAAAGUGUUACCAGAACCAGAACUAGCUCCAAAGGUAAAAGCAACCCCAAAGCGUGAACAACAGUUGCAAAGUACCACUUCCAAGUCUAAAUUAAAUUCAGAAUUUAAACCGGAAUCGGAACCUAAAGCUGAACCUGAGUCCGAACCGACGGCUGAAUCCGAACCAAAAGCAGAAUCGGAACCAAAACCUGAGUCCGAACCGAAACCUGAGUCAGAAUCACAAGCUGAGUCCGAGCCAAAAUCAGAAUCGGAGCCAAAAGCGGAAUCGGAACCACAAGCUGAAUCUGAGUCCGAACCUGAGUCCGAACCGAAAGCUGAAUCCGAACCACAAGCGGAAUCGGAACCAAAAGCUGAGUCAGAACCAAAACCCGAAUCGGAGCUAAAAGCUGAAUCCCAAACAAAAGCGGAAUCCGAACCAAAAUCUGAAUUCGAACCGAAAGCUGAGUCAGAGCCAAAAGCUGAAUCGGAACCAAAACUUGAAUCGCAGCCAAAAUCUAGGUUCCACCCCCAAGCGGAAUCCGAACCGAAAUCGGAGCAUGAGCCAGAGAGUCGACUAAAAACUAGACCUGGUCCAUUCAUGCAGACAACUCCCUCAAAAUCAUUAUUAAAAGGUCCCCCAGUUCCAGAAGAAGAAUCAGAACCAGAAUUAUCAUCUGAACCCGAACCAGAGAAUCACAAAAGCUCUCCGGAACCCGAACCAGAAAAUCACAAAAGCUCUUCGGAACCCGAACCAGAAAAUCACAAAAGUUCCCCGGAGCCCGAGCCAGAAAAUCAUAAAAGUUCGCCAGAACCUGAACCAGAAAGUCACAAAAGCUCUCCCGAACCUGAGCCCGAAAAUCACAAAAGUUCUCCAGAACCCGAACCGGAAAAUCACAAAAGCUCUCCGGAACCCGAACCAGAAUCAGGACCUUCUCACAAAACAAAAAUCCCAAAAAAAUCUCAGUACUCCCCCAAGGGAGAUUUCCAUGCCAUGGACUGCACAGACAUAAUCAUCGGAGCGGUCCGAGGUGGCGUAUACUCUCGCAUUCUUGACUACUACACCCGAGAUAGAUCAACCCCUCGCCUCGACGAAUUCUGGACACACGAAGGGUCAAACAGCAUAACUUCGGCGACCGGGUGGGAAACUGAUGACGGUCAAUCAGUCAUCAUCUUCCGGAGAAAAGUAAAGUCAUUCGAAGUAACAGAUCAUGACAUCGAAAGUGGGAUGCACGUAAUUUGGGCGCUGGGUCAAGAACGUGGGAAAUAUGUUCAUUCCCCUCACUCCGGUUUGGAAAAAGAGUCGCCAUCAAUUCCCAAUUUCUAUGAGAAGGACGAAAUCAAAUAUCACGGACACGGGGGUCAACGGGGGUCAGGGUCCACGUUCAUUGAGUUUUAAGUAGAAACGCCAAGCGUGGUUGGUCCAUUGGUUGGUUGGGUCUCACUAAAUUUGUUAUACUCAAAAUUAUGUUUUUUACUAUUUAGCCAUUGAUCAAAUAAAGUAUGCGUAAUUUUAUCCAUUUCAGCGUAUGUAGAGUGAUUAGUUCACCUUGAAAAUGCUGGUAACAUGUAAUUAUUCAUCAAACUGCACUUGAGUCUUACCGUGGGAAUUAUUGUGCAUAUUAUUGUGCAGGUCUGUGGCAUUGGGUAUUGUUGUCUGUAUGUGGUACCUGUUUGUACAUCGAGAUUUAUGAAUACAUAAGGAUUAGGCGGAUUGUGCAAUCUUUGCAUAGCUAAUUUUGCUCUUGUUGCAGAAGAGGUUUCAACUCGAGUAGACUCAAUUGUUUUCCAACCAACCAACAACAAUUCGAUUUAAAAUGUUCACCAAAUUUUGCUCAAUACUUUGCCUAGUUCUGGUUGCAGUUAUCUUUGCAAGUGGAGAAAAUGCUACUCAGCCUGUCGAAGUGUCGGAACCUGCAAUUUCCGUGAACAAUGCUACCGUUUCUGAGGCAAAGACUAAGCGUACCUGUGCCUGCGACGAUACAAAUGAAACGUUGGUUUGUGCUAGUAAUGGGAUCACUUAUAAAAAUCAGUGUAGAUUUCAAUGCGCGAAGGCCAGGGUUUCACGCCUCCGAGUAAUUCGACAAGGACAAUGUGGAACCUCAACUGGGACUAGCGCCUAUUGGCAGAAAGGAUUCAAAGGAAAAUAAUUACUACUUGUUACAACAUUCAUCUGCAUGUACAUGUCAUGUCACGUCUUCUUAACUCAUUCAAAAUCUUAGUGGCACACAAAAAAGUAAAUCAGAUCAUGCUGAAUGAAAUUGAGCGAAUUUGUGAAAUAAGCAAUAUAAAAAUCUUUGUCAUAUUACUGCGAAUUCAAAAAAUAUUUUAUUAUUAAAAAUCUGCCAACUUAUCAAAUCACA